GGACAUAUUAAAGUCGAUCAAUGGAUCUGGUCUCAUCCCCGGUGGGUUUUUCACCGCCUCAUUAGAGCUCUGGUUUCCGUGAAACGUCCGAAAUUUCAAUUUGAUCUACUCUUCUAUUCUUUUUUUCUUCUUUUAAUUAGAGAGGUUUGGGUAGGGUUUGGAGCUGUAAAUCUCUGGCGAGCUGCAUUUGUGUGCUGUUCGACGUUCAGUAGCGGAGAUCGUCUGGUUUUUGGGAGAGGCAUCCAAAGAACUUGCAUUGAAUCAUGGACAAGAAGUAUCCGAUUGGACCUGAGCAUUAUACUCUUUACGAGGAGGUCGGCAAUGGAGGCAGCGCAUCUGUUAAUCGGGCUCUCUGUAAUCCCUUAAACGAGAUUGUAGCUAUCAAAAUCCUUGAUUUCGAACGCGAUAACUGUGAUCUGAGUAAUGUCUUCAGGGAAGCUCAGACAAUGAUCUUAGUGGACCAUCCCAAUGUUCUAAAAUCUCAUUGCUCUUUUGUUAGUGAUCACAAUUUGUGGGUUGUCAUGCCUUACAUGGCUGGGGGUUCCUGUCUUCAUAUAUUGAAAGCCGCUCAUCCAGAUGGUUUUGAAGAAGUUGUCAUUGCCACUAUAUUGCGAGAAGUGUUAAAGGGCUUAGAGUAUCUUCAUGACCGUGGCCAUAUUCAUCGUGAUGUGAAGGCUGGGAACAUUCUCUUAGAUGCACAGCGUGGUAUUAAGCUAGGAGACUUUGGCGUCUCUGCUUGCUUAUUUGAUUCUGGUGACAGAACACGCAUGAGAAACACAUUUGUUGGUACUCCUUGUUGGAUGGCACCAGAGGUAAUGGAACAAUUGCAUGGUUACAAUUUCAAAGCAGAUAUUUGGUCUUUUGGUAUAACUGCUUUGGAGCUUGCACAUGGGCAUGCACCUUUCUCAAAAUAUCCACCAAUGAAGGUACUGUUAAUGACAUUGCAAAAUGCGCCUCCUGGCCUUGAUUAUGAGAGAGACAAGAAGUUCUCGAAGUCGUUUAAGCAGAUGAUUGCUAGUUGUUUGGUAAAAGAUCCUUCAAAAAGGCCCACAGCUAAAAAGCUGUUAAAGCAUUCUUUCUUCAAGCAAGCUCGGUCAAAUGAUUAUAUAGCAAGAACAUUGCUGGAGGGCUUGCCAGAUCUUGGUGACCGACUUAAAGCUUUGAAGAGAAAAGAAGAAGACAUGAUGGCACAACAGAAGAUACCAGAUGGACAGAAAGAAGAAAUGUCUCAGAAUGAGUAUAAGCGGGGGAUAAGUAGCUGGAACUUCAACCUAGAUGAUCUAAAGGCCCAGGCUUCUUUGAUUCCAGAAGAGGAGGCAAUUUCCGAAAAGGAUCCUGGUGGGGACUCAAAUUCAUACACGGGGCAUGACACCCCUGAAAAACUUCAAAAUCAGCUCUUUUCGGUUAACCGAGUUCCAAAGCUUCAACAUCAGUUUUCAUUUUUAAGUCAAAGUUCGGAUGCAGAGAUUGAUGAUAACAAUCAAUCUGCUCCUCUUUCACCUGCUAACAGUACAUCCACUUGUAAUGUGUCUAAAUGUGAAAAAUCAGAUGAUGACAUUAAAAGCAUUCCCAGUGAAAUGUAUGACCAUGAAACUUCGCGAGGCUGUUCUCUUUCCAACACUUACAUUGAAAACAAUUUACUUGGAAAAUCUGAAUUAGAAAAUGAUGCAAAGUUCUCAAAUGGCACACCUGCAUGUUCAUGGCCUAGGGAUAAAGUUCCACCUCAAAACAUAUCAGCUCCCAAUGGUGUUUCCGUUCCUCAAAUAGUAGAUCAAAUGCCAGCUGAAACCUGUAACAAGCCUUUGAUAACAUCUGGUAAACAUGAAGAUGAGAAUACAAAAGGCCAUGUUGUUCAACAAAAAGGACGUUUCAAAGUUAUGUCUGAGAAACUUGACUCAGAAAUGGUUGCUCCAGCUCCAGUACUACAGAAAAGCCAUAGCAUGGCGGUGAUUCCUCAACAUCCACCCAUGUCUCAUUCAUUGUCUACGGAUGCUAUGCUACCAAAUCUUCAUUCACAUGCAUUUCUUCCAGUAUUGCAAAAUAUGUUGCAGGCAAAUAUUAUAGAAAGGGAGAAUAUUCUUAAUUUGAUGAGGCUAGUCUCUGUUGGAGAGGCACCAGUAAACCGUGCAGUGGAUGGGGCAGAGUUUUCGUUGAAUGCGGUAUCAGCAGAGAAAUCAUUGUUGGAGGCAGCUCAUGACAGGGAGAAGGAUUUGCUAUGCGACAUAUGUGAUCUGCAGCGGAGGCUCGUGGGAGCCCAAGAAGAGCUUCAAAAGUACAAAACCAAAAAUGCAUAGAUGAACUAAAAAUGCAGAAUCAACACUGAAGUUAAAC